UGUUCAACACAUGCUCGAAGUUUUUCAAAAUGUCUUCUGCACCAAGUUCUGCUGAGUUACUGCACGUUGGUGGCGAACGAACCACUGGAGAAAACAUAAGGACGCAGAAUGUUACCGCGGUGACAGCCAUCGCAAACAUUGUCAAAAGUUCCUUAGGUCCUGUGGGAUUGGACAAAAUGUUAGUGGAUGAUAUCGGGGAUGUCACUGUGACAAAUGAUGGAGCAACAAUACUGAAGUUGCUGGAAGUGGAACAUCCUGCUGCUAAGGUUCUUUGUGAGCUGGCUGAUCUUCAGGACCAGGAAGUUGGAGACGGAACAACGUCAGUCGUGAUUCUUGCUGCAGAGUUUUUGAGAGGUGCCAAUGAACUUGUGAGGCAGAAGAUUCACCCUACAUCCAUCAUUAGUGGCUACAGAUUAGCAUGCAAGGAAGCUUGCAAGUACAUCCAAGAACACUUAACAAUCAAUGUUGACGAGCUUGGAAAAGAAAGUAUCAUUAAUGUGGCUAAGACAUCAAUGUCCUCAAAGCUGAUUGGCCAGGUAUCGGAUUUCUUUAGUGAGAUGGUGGUCGAUGCUGUUAUGGCUGUCAAACGUGCAGGAAACAAGGGUGAAGCGAAAUAUCCAAUCAAGGCUAUUAAUGUGCUAAAGGCACAUGGUGGCAGCUUGAAGGAGAGUGUUCUUGUUGAUGGCUAUGCUCUGAACUGUACCAUAGCUUCUCAAGCUAUGCCAAAACGGGUAGAAAAUGCCAGAAUUGCCUGUCUGGAUUUCAGUCUUCAAAAGGCCAAAAUGCACCUUGGAGUGAGUGUUGUAGUGGAAGAUCCUGAACAGCUGGAAGCCAUUAGAAAAAGGGAGGCAGAUAUCACUAAAGAGCGAAUACAAAAGGUUUUAGGAGCUGGAGCCAAUGUUGUGUUAGUCAGUGGUGGCAUUGAUGAUCUCUGCCUCAAAUAUUUUGUGGAAGCUGGUGCUAUGGGCGUGAGAAGAUGUAAAAAGGCUGACCUCAAGAGAAUUGCAAGAGCCACUGGAGCAACAAUGGCAUUGACGUUGGCAAAUCUUGAAGGUGAAGAGAGUUUUGAUGCCAGUAUGCUGGGCCAGGCAGAUGAAGUGGUGCAAGAACGCAUCUGUGAUGAUGAGUUGAUUGUCAUCAAACGACCAAAAGCACGUUCAGCUUCUUCCAUAAUCCUAAGAGGUGCAAAUGACUUCAUGUUAGACGAAAUGGAGCGUUCCAUGCACGAUGCUAUCUGUGUGGUAAAGAGAGUGCUUGAGUCCAAGACUGUUGUCCCAGGGGGUGGGGCUGUGGAAGCUGCUUUGUCGAUUUAUUUGGAGAACUUUGCUACCUCCCUCGGAUCUAGAGAACAGUUGGCCAUUGCUGAAUUCGCCAAUUCGUUGCUUGUCAUCCCUAAAACUCUGGCAGUGAACGCAGCUCAGGAUUCAGCCGACCUUGUGGCAAAACUCCGCGCGUAUCACAACACGUCACAAAUCAACACUGAGAGGUCUUCUCUCAAAUGGAUCGGCUUGGAUCUGAUCGAGGGCAAAGUUCGUGACAACAAGAAGGCGGGUGUUCUAGAACCAUGCAUCAGUAAAAUCAAGUGCCUAAAAUUCGCCACAGAAGCAGCGAUCACAAUACUUCGGAUAGAUGACAUGAUCAAGUUGAGCCCAGAGAAAAAAGAAGAAAGUGCUUACGGGCAAGCUAUGCAGCGCGGGGAACUGUAGACAAAUUUAUGCGAGACAAGGACUUUAUUAUUUGCGAUUCCUUAAUAUGAUGGACCGUGAGAGAGUGAAGAUGGUCUCUUCAGUCCUUUGUCGCCCCAUGGCUGAGUCGUAGACAAAGCUGGACGUUGUUAACAGUCUUGAUGGUAUUUCUGUUGGGUUUUCUUUUUGUUGGGUUUCCAAUCUCUUCAGCCAAUCAAAGGCCCUACAAGCGUUCAAUUUAUCGUCACGUGACUCGCUUUUGAUUGGCCGGUCAACUGGAGAGUCAACAAGAAGGUCAUGUCAAAUGUCAGUAAAGCUUAUCGAGUAUUAAAGAUCACCUCAACGCUUCUUA